AUGGCGCUAUAUCGUAACAUCUUCCUUCUGGCCAGCCUUGGGCUAAGCAGUGCUGCUCCCUCCAAGGUCCAGCGAGUCCCGGAUUCUUCCCUUCACGCUCGCGCUGUCUGUACCCCAACCGCAGGAGGCAAUUCCUCCACCGACGAUGUCCCCGCCAUCACUGAGGCCCUCAGCUCGUGCGGAAAUGGCGGCACCAUUGUCUUCCCCGAGGGCAGCACAUACUACCUCAACAGUGUGCUGGACUUGAGCAGCUGCAGUGAUUGCGACAUCCAGGUGGAAGGCCUUCUGAAGUUCGCUAGCGAUACCGACUACUGGAGCGGUCGCACUGCCAUGAUCAGUGUUUCCGAUGUAGAUGGUUUGAAACUGCGCUCAUUGACUGGGUCUGGUGUCAUUGAUGGAAAUGGCCAGGAUGCGUGGGACCUCUUUGCUUCGGACAGUAGUUACUCACGCCCAACGCUCUUGUACAUCACUGGCGGCAGCAACCUGGAAAUCUCCGGGCUGCGUCAGAAGAAUCCCCCUAACGUGUUCAACUCGGUCAAGGGUGGCGCCACUAACGUUGUCUUCUCGAACUUGAAGAUGGAUGCCAACUCCAAGUCGGACAAUCCGCCCAAGAACACCGAUGGGUUCGAUAUUGGCGAGAGUACCUACGUGACCAUCACCGAGGUCACCGUAGUCAACGAUGAUGACUGUGUCGCCUUCAAGCCCAGUUCCAACUACGUGACCGUGGACACGAUCAGCUGCACGGGCUCCCAUGGCAUUUCCGUGGGAUCGCUGGGCAAGUCAAGCGAUGACUCGGUCAAGAACAUUUAUGUCACGGGCGCAACUAUGAUCAACUCCACCAAAGCCGCCGGGAUCAAGACUUAUCCGAGUGGAGGUGACCACGGUACCUCCACGAUCCAGAGCUGCUACGGCGAGGACGAUGACUAUUGCGAGGAAAACCCGGGCAACGCCAAACUGACGGAUAUUGUCGUGUCGAGCUUCAGUGGCACAACCAGCGACAAGUACGACCCGGUUGUGGCCAACCUUGACUGCGGUGCGGAUGGAACGUGUGGCAUCUCCAUCAGUGGGUUCGACGUCAAGGCGCCAUCGGGCAAGUCUGAAGUGUUGUGCGCCAACACCCCGUCUGACUUGGGCGUCACUUGCACUUCGGGAGCUUCGGGCUAA